AUCAGCUCACGUUGAAUCUUCUGACGUUUCAUCUCAAGGGACAACUCGUAGUCAUAGUCACCAAUAUCUGAAUCUGCAAGGCCGCCAAAAAAGGACACGUGAAGACCUUAGACGACAUUUAAACACUUCUUCACAACAGACAAUCAAAUUUUCCAAAUCUGGGGCCCUUUGCACAGAGGUAGGAUUCAGACCUCGAGGAUAAAUGACAGAGCUGAGUUCAACCAAUCCAAAACAAGAGCGUCUAGGCUUAAUUGGUUGCACAAAACCCAAACCAGGAUGAGCGGACAAGGAUGAAUCAAACCGGGUGAAACCAAUCCCGGAUCAGUGGAUGCUCACAGCUUCCUUUAAUAGACCCCGCUAUCGAGCAGGGUCACCGAUUCACCAUGGCAACGAGGGCGGCGUACUUCCCCCGUUGGAAGCAGACAUCCUCAUUGAGGCUUACGAGAAGCUUGCUGUGGAAGUUGCUGUUACCCCUGCUGUUUGUGAGCCUGCUGCUGCUUGCCUUGCUGGUCCUGCUGGUGCUGGCAGUGCGUCUGUGGCUGCAGGGCAAAAGGAGCGCUCGACAGGCGAGGACUGGACGUCCGGCGGUGGCCUUCUUCCAUCCGUACUGCAACGCUGGUGGUGGCGGAGAGAGGGUGCUGUGGUGUGCGAUCCGGGCUUUGCAGCAAAGGUACUCGCACAUGGACUUUGUGGUCUACACCGGGGACCUGGGUGUUUCGCCACACGAGAUGGUGGACGGAGCGCGACGUCGUUUCAACAUCGUGCUCCCACGCGCCGUUCACUUUGUGUUCCUGAAGCACCGAAUGCUUGUGGAGCCCAGCCUGUUUCCGCACUUCACUCUGCUUGGGCAAAGCCUGGGCUCCGUCUUCUUGGGAUGGGAGGCGCUCACAGAAUUUGUACCUGACAUUUACGUCGAUUCAACAGGCUACGCCUUCACUCUGCCCCUUUUCCGCUACCUGGGAGGCUGCAGCGUGUGCAGUUACGUUCACUACCCCACCAUCAGCACUGACAUGCUGUCGGUGGUGACAGAAAGGAACCCGAGGUUCAACAACCCAGAUUAUGUGUCCAGCAGCCUGCUCCUGAGUGCCAUCAAGCUGCUCUACUACUGCAUGUUCGCCCUGCUCUACAGCAUGGCCGGCUCCUGCAGCGACCUCAUCAUGGUCAACUCCUCCUGGACACUGGAGCACAUUCUGUCACUGUGGCGCGCCCCCAACCGCACCAGCGUGGUCUACCCGCCCUGCGACGUCAGCGCGUUCCUGGACAUCCCGCUAGAAGAGGACGGGGACAAAACGUGCCACUCCAUCGUCUCCAUCGGGCAGUUCCGGCCCGAGAAGGACCACAGGCUGCAGAUCAGGGCUUUCAAGAAGGUGUUGGAUCGGCGGAGAGAGGCCAAGGAGACACUGAAGCUUAUCUUGAUUGGAGGAUGCAGGAAUCAGGAGGAUCAGGAUCGGGUGCUGAUGUUGCGGGGGCUUUGCCAGGAGCAGGGCGUGGCCGACAAGGUGGAGUUUAAACUGAAUGUACCCUUUGCAGAGUUGAAGAGGGAGUUGCAGGAAGCCACUAUUGGACUGCACACCAUGUGGAAUGAGCACUUUGGGAUAGGUGUCGUGGAGUGCAUGGCAGCAGGGAAAGUCAUCCUCGCCCACAAGUCUGGUGGUCCCAAGCUGGACAUCGUAGUGCCCUUCGAGGGAGGCCAGACGGGCUUCCUUGCAGAUGAUGAGGACAGCUACGCCGAGGCCAUCGAGAAGAUCCUCAAUCUACCGUCUACGAACCGUCUCCAGAUAAGACACAACGCACGCCAGUCGGUGACUCGCUUCUCAGAUCAGGAAUUUCAAGUCUCCUUCCUGGCCGCCAUGGAGCUUCUGAUGGGGACAGUUGAACGAUGACUCCAUGUUUGCUUGGGACUGGAAACUGCACUUGGGGACAUUUAUUUUUUUUAUGGUAAAUGUGCAAAAAUUCUGCAUUUGCUUUGCCUUUCUGGCUUGCAGCUGCAACAUAAACAUGACAAACAGGCCUGAUUGCUCUGCGUGUGUUUGGACUGACUGAAUACUAUUUGCAGAGCCGCCCCUGGCCAUAUCGGGACCUAAAGCAGACUUUUUUUUUUAUUGUUUUAGUGCAAAAUAACAAAUUAUAACUAUUAAAAAAACUGCCCAGAGUUGGGAUCAA